CCAAACCUCGACCUCUCCACCCUGACCUCCUCCGCCGACCUCUUCUCCUCCACCCACCACCCGCAGUACACGCUCCCGCAGAUCCGCGCCAUCCACAACGCGCUGCAGAGCCAGGUCGGCGAUAUCGCCUCGCGCCUGCGCACCCAGGUCGGCGGCUCCUACCGCGAGCUGCUCGGCACGGCCGACACCAUCGCCGAGAUGCACCGCGACAUGGACCAUGUCUUGAGCACGCUGGGCGGCAUGGGCGGCCGCUGUGGCCGGGGGGUGAUCGUGCACAAGGCCGAGGGGCUCGCUGCGUUUGUGAAGGGGACCGGGGGGAGGGUGGGAAGUGUGGCCAGGGGGAGGUUACUGGAGGGGUGUUUGCUGGGUUUGAGGGGGUUGUUGUCGUCGGCGAGGCAGGGAGGAGCGGAGGUUAUAAGUCAAGAAACGGGGAGAGGGGAGAGGUUGGUUCUCGCCGCGCGGUUGUAUGUGCUUGGGAGGCUGGUGGUCAAGAGCUUUGGCGAGGAGACACAGAAGGAGGAUGCGAGGAUCGAGAUUGCGAGGAGUCGCCUGGAGACGGUCCACCACGCCCGACUGAUGAGGAGUGUGGAUACCGUGCUGCGGAGUGCCAGCGGCAAGGCGAUGAAGCAGGGGGAUGUGCUGAAGGCGCUGAGCGCUUACAGUCUGACUACGAGCUCCGGGGCGAGGGAUGUGCUGGCCCACUUUCUGCGCACGAGGGCCAAGGCCAUUGCGAUGGCGCUGGAUGCGGACGAGGAGGAGAGGGUGGCGAGACAGCCCAAGGAUGUUCUCCGAGCGCUGGGGCUGUACACCAAGACGCUGCAGGAUGUGCAGACACUGGUGCCGCACAAGCUUACGGAAGCGCUGCUUGCGCUCAAGAAUGAGCGGCUGCUGGAGAAUGCCUCGCUGAAGGAGAUGGAGGGGCUGAGACUGGAUGUCCACAAGAGGUGGUGCGGCGAUGAGAUUCAGUUCUAUACGCCGUUUAUCCGCCACGACGAUUUGGAUGCGCAGCAGGCCAGGGAGCUGCUCGCUGACUGGGCGAAGAAGGGAAGCGAUGUGUUGCUGCGGGGUAUCGAGAAGGCGCUGGAGAGCAUGACCGAGUUAAAGGCUAUCGUGGAUCUGCGCACGAGCGUCUUAAAGCUCUGGAUCGCCGAGGGUGGAAAGGCGCGCGGCUUCGACCCGUCCAUUAUGCUGGACCAGCUCCGCGAUGUCAUCAACAAGCAGAUGCUACGAGUCCUCGAAGCCAAGGUAUCUAAGUUGCGCCUCGUCGGUUCUGAAGUGUCCGCAGCCCUUGGCGAAUUCGGCGACGGCGUCUCCAACGCCCCUCGGAGGCUAUGGAAUAUAUCUUCGUUAGACACAGACCUUUCCAACGGCGCGUCCCAGUUUACGCAAGAGGUGGUGGCGCGGCUGGACGGCAGAAAUGAUGCCGUGUCCAAGGCGGUCAACAGCUACAGAUCCUGGUUUCGUGUCAUCGACGAUGUUGGGCAAGUCGUGGACCAGCUGAAGCGGCAGCGGUGGGACAACGACGUCGACGAGAUCGAGGACGAAGAGACGAUUGAGGAGCGUCAGAAGCUGCUUUCCAAUGAUGACCCGCUCGCGCUGAGCGAGCAUCUACACCGCUUACUGGUUGGCGCGUUUUACCGGCUGAACGAGCAACUCAGGAUGCUGUGGGUUAAGCAAUCAGGAGGUGCGGCUAGUGUCUGGGUUGCCAUGUACUUCCUGCGACUGUUCAGGGACAUUCGAGCCCAGCUUCCCGAUCUGGAGGCAGUCAAGAACUUCGGCUUGAAUACGGUGCCGGAGCUUCAGAACUACGUAGUAGCAACGAUCUUCCCCGGGGAGCAGUUGGAGUUUCGGACACUGCCGCUGAAGAGCGUUGUCGGACGAAGCCUGUGGGAGGGCGAGCCGGCGCUGCCAGGGUCGCCGUCGCCGGGGGUCUUCAGGUUCUUGAGGGACUUGGUGGUCGCCAUGGAUAAAGCAGGCGCAGAUUUGUGGAGUCCUGCGGCGGUCUCUGCUCUGAAGCGGCGCUUAAGCGGAGGGAUAUCUACGGCCUUCUGUGAGGCCCUCAACUCCCUAGAUGGGCCCAACCUUGUGGGGGAAUACGUGGAAGAUCUGCCAGCCGAGGAGACAAACGACAAGCGCGAAGAAAACCCAGAGCGGGGAGACCUGCUCGUGCAGUGGCUAAUGGACUUUUACUACCUCCGGCAGUUCUGUGAGCCCCAGCACGCGCCGGACGAAGAUUCACUAAAGGAGGUAGAGGACACCAUCUAUCAGAGAUCAGGCCUGGAUGCUGCCGCCAAGGAGAGGUUGGCCAAGGCGGCUCAGGACUACUACAAGCGGACGGCGCUGCUGUUCGGCUUGUUGACAUAGAGCACCCAAAAGAAGCUAAUA